UUUGUUUAGCUUAGCUAGCCCUGGCUAAGCUCAGACACCGUGCAGCAGAGAUGGAUGACGGCGACGAGCCGGGGAUCGUCCUCUCUCACAACACUUCUUCAGGCUCUAAGUCGGGUGGGGACAAGAUGUUUUCCUUAAAGAAGUGGAACGCUGUAGCGAUGUGGAGCUGGGAUGUUGAGUGCGAUACUUGUGCCAUUUGCCGGGUACAAGUGAUGGAUGCUUGUCUCCGAUGCCAGGCGGAAAACAAACAGGAGGACUGUGUUGUUGUAUGGGGAGAGUGCAACCACUCCUUCCAUAACUGCUGCAUGUCCCUUUGGGUGAAGCAGAACAACCGCUGUCCCCUCUGCCAGCAGGACUGGGUGGUUCAAAGAAUCGGCAAAUAAGCUCCGACUCCAGGCGGUCUGACUCUCAGACGACACCUGUGUGCACCCGAAAGUGGUGACAGACUUGACAAUGAUCACUGCAGCGUCAGAGCCACUGACACCAACAACCGUCUGUCCUCCUACUUAUGAAUGCAUGUUCCAGUAGUCCUGGUGCCGAAGGAGGACCAUGGACAAAAUUAAAGUGGCACAAGCUCGUUGGUCACUGAUGGGAUGAUGUGGCUGGAGGGAUCAUGAAGAGAGGAUGAACCUCGUUGCAGUGUUUGGUCACAUCUUAGCUUUACUUUAUUGUCUGUGGUGGUGGUGUUCAGCACAUCUUGAAUAUGUGACUGUCUUUUUAAAAAAUAAAGAACUGUGCAUAGCUGUAAA